CCAAGAUGGAGAGCCCGGGUUCAUUUUUGCAGGGUGGCGACGAAGAUUUCUAUCAAAAGCUUCUUUUUCAGGCUGCGCAAGAAGAAGGUCAAAUCCCGCAGACUCCAGCAGCACCAUGUCACAAGGUCACACCAAAGCCAGGGUUCUGUUUGAAGACCAAAAAUGAAAAAGGAGAAAAGGUUUUCAUCAAUGUUUGUGUGGAAGAGUCACUGCCGAUUCCUAAAGACAUUACAGAUACAGAACUGGUCAAGAUUUUGGACUCACCUGAUCCAUCUUCUUAUAGAGUUCCUAUGAGUCUUGGUGAGCCUCAUGCUGAGGUGGAUAAAAGUGGUGCUGGUUGCGCCGUGUAUGACAUUGUUGUCCAUCCAUCCUUCCUGGGCAAGGUCAAGGCCAGUGAACUAUUCAUGGGGUUCUUCCUGACAGUUGUACUGGAGGGAUUGGAGUAUAAAUAUGAAAUGCAGUUAGAUAGAAACUGGGUGAUUUUAAAGAACAGGCGGUUUAUGGGAAACAUCCAGCAACAGAUGGUACGCAGUGAGGCUAAGCCAUGGAUCAUGGAUAUGGAUGAUCCUGGGAGUGCACCAGGUAUGAACAAGCCUGGGGGACAAGGCAACCCACUGAUCAGCGAAGUUACAAGCUGUAAAGAAGAUAUGAAACCGACCAGUGCUGCACAGCCAAAGUAUACCAUUGUUCAAGAGCCAACAGAAGGUCAUCCAGAGUUCCUUGUUGCAGAGUUUCAGUUGCAAAAAGUGAAAACUGCUGCUUCCAUGAGUCUAGAUAUCGGCGAGGACAGAAUCUUAUUGAAGACAAGGAGUAAUGCUUAUUACUUGGAUAUCUAUUUGCCGUACGAUUUAGUGCAAGAAGAAUGUGGUGCCCAAUUCAACCAGAAUACUAAAGUUCUGACAGUGACAAUGCCAGUUGUAUCGUGCAGCUAAAAGGGGACUGGAUUUCCUUGAUAUAACAUUUGUCCUUCGUUGAUCCAACCAAUUCCCAGCUCAGCAAGUUUACUGUUGUCACAAGAUGUCUAUUGAAACAGGAUAAUAGAAAUGAUACAUCCUGCUUUUACUCCAAAGGGCUAUGCAAACAAGUGAUUUUUGUAACUGCAAUGUAGCCAGUUGGAAUGCUGGUUAAAUUGCCAGAGUCAUCCUGUCUUGGCCCCGUUGCUUGUCAUAAGAAAAUUUGUUGGCGUGGUGCACUUGUAAAAGAAAAUGAAUGAAUUUGUUGACAUUUGAGAACAACUUUUAUUCAGAGAUUCUGUCACGAGAAAAGAAUGUACAUUAUUUUCUACAUUUGUAAAUAAACAAUGU